CUCCCAGGUAGCACCGCGCAAAGCUUUUGUUGUUGUGGGACAGCUGAUUUCUGAGUGCGGGGGUGCGAGAAAGUGAGCAUCAUGGAGGAUUCUUCCUUAUCCCAGGUGUCAUGUGUCAGCUUUUUGAAUGUGACCCAAACAUAUGUGCCCAGUACCAAAGUGGAAUGCCACUACACCCUGCCAGCCGGUAUGAAGGGUUCUACCAGUGACUGGAUCGGCAUUUUUAAAGUGGGAGCUUCUUCUAUACGGGACUAUGAAACCUUUGUCUGGGCAAUGUCCUCUGAGGCACUUGCAAACGAAGCUCACUGCAGUGUUCAAUUUCAAGCCUGCUAUUUACCACGUCCUGGAGAGCAGCAAUAUAACUUUCGCUACGUGGAUCACCAUGGAGUUGUGAAAGGAAUCAGUGAGUCUUUUGUGUUCAGUGUGCCACGUCCCAUAGAAGACUUGGUCACACUGGAAGAUGAGGAGGCGUCUCUGGACAUGAUCUUGGUCGUCCCUAAAGCUACUUUCUUGCAGCAACAGCUGGAGCUGUCCCAGCAGGAGAGGAAUGAUCUGAUGAGAGUGAGACUUGCACUGGAGGAGGAUGUGAACUCCCUUAAGAAACAAACCAAGGACCUUGAGGCUGCGCUGGAGACUUCAAACAACAAGCACGCCUCUCUGAACCACCAAUACCAGGAUCUCUUCUUGAGAGAACAGAUAAUAAGGGAAGAGCGUGACAUGCUGAGCUGUAAGGAAACGGAGCAUCGAGAUCAGAUUUUAAAACUUGAGGGAGAUCUCUACAUCAUGAAUGUGAAGCUGCUGGAAAAAGAGAAGGAGCUGGACAUGCUAAGGACAAAACGUUUGUCACUGGAAACAGAGAAGGACGAGCUAAAGCAACGUCUUAAAGUGGCAACAUCAGAGUUGGAGCGCUCCCAGCUGCAGAUGGACGCCCUACGUGAAAAGCUUCGUUGCACACAAGAUGUACUCUCAGCAAGCCAGCAGAAAGUGAUGCUAUUGGGUGAGGAGCUAACAACAGUCUCUUCUAUCCGGGACCGGACCAUCUCUGAUCUUCACAAGAGUCGUCUGGAAACUGCUGACCUUGCCAUUAAAGUGUCAGACUUGAGUCUGAGGUAUAAAGAAGGCAUGGGACAGUGGUGGCAAGAGAAGACAGCGCUCAGCCACAGCAUGGAGGCUAAGAGGGAUCAAAUUGUGAAUCUGAAAGCUGAAAAGCUGAAUUUGGAGAGCAGCCUAUAUGAAGAGAGGAGUCAGAGGCAGUCCAUUCAGUGCCAAAUAAACCAAGAAAAAGAUGCCAGUCAGGUGCAGUUAUCAGAGAGCAGGAGAGAGCUGAGCGAGUUGAGAUCUGCCCUGAAGGUUGCACAAAUGGAAAAGGAGCAGCUGAGAGAAGAGAGACAGGAGUUGAUGCAGUAUGUGAGGAGACUGGAAGAACGUCUGGACAGACUCGCCGAUGAGAAAUGGAGGGAGGACAAAAUGGUUGAGGAAAAUAUGCCAGCAACGUUAAGUUCAUCAAAUUCGUUGCAAGGUCUCCCUGACUCAGAUGAUGAGUCUGUUGAAAACAUGAGACUGCCUCAGCAGGAAGACCCCUACAAAUUGAGUGACCAGCUCUCUUCUACUUUACCUGUCUUCCCUCGAGAGUGUCAGAGGGUGGUGAUCAACCAACCCGCACCGAUCGCAUGUCAGCUGCAACCGCUGCCUGAGGACAGCCCUGACUCUUGGUAACCUCAUAUCCUCCCGACAAGAUGAAUUACAUAGAACAGCGUGGUAGUAGCGCCCAUACAGAAGGACGCUGAUGACAUCGUUUUCUUAUAAAGACCCCUGUGUUUUCUUUCCAGUAUGGCACCAGUGCAGUUUGGCACCAGACAGCCACCAUUAUGCAAUGACUGGGCUAUGAGUAAGACCUCAGUGCUAGUUUUAUAUCGGCUUCUGGGUGGACCUUUUCUUCUGUCUCCUAAGAGCUACGUUUGUGUAACCUUUGCAGCAUUAUCCACUGCUCCUCGCGCCCGUGUAACCAGUUACUGUCACCUUUUACAUGAAUACUUUUGGUUAUUUGCAAUAUUCACCUGGCAGUAUAAUUGCGGCACUACCUUAGAGCUCUGAAUUGCAGAACAUUUAAUAUGUUCUUCAGCAUUGUUUUCUAUAGGAAAAGCACCUAAAGCACAGAUCUAAGCUGCCAUGAAGGACAUGGUCAGCCGUCUCUUAUAGCAAUAAUAUUCUCAAGGUAGAAAAUAUACAGAAGGAUCAUUUCGAUGUACACAUGUCACCAUACGUUAUAUAUCUUCUUAAAGGCUGUUUUAGUUGUCAGGGUUUUUUUUUUUUAUAACCUCUUACUGUAUAUCUUUACUUAUGGUUUGUAGUUUUUUAGGAGAUUUUGGGAAAUUGAAGAAAGAAAACUGAUGUGGAUGUAAGUAGUGACCAGCACGGUAACCCUGCUCAGUUAUGUAGACUUGGUGUCAAGGUGGCCAUACAGGUUAGAUGAAUGUCGGCUGAACCCACCAAUUUCAGCAGGACCAUCUAAUGUCCAGAGCCCCGACUCUUCUCUGAUGGCAGAUGUUCUCAAGGAAGAUAAGACAUCUCAGACAGCGGCUCUCUAUUGAGGAUGCAUGCAUGAGCCAGGCAUUUGUGUAUAUGGGGGUCGGAAGGGAUAGCUUUCAGUGGAACAUGUAUGGCCAGCAUUAAGGUUGUGAUUAGAGAUAGCAAAGUGAGCUUCAGAUGCUACAUCCGAAGCCGCUUCGCUAAAAUAUUUGUUAAAAUGCUGUACGGAGAUCCUUCUCUGUACAGUAUUAGGAUGUACUGCCUCCAAUGAGACACAGUCCGUUUUUCACAAAGUCGCACGCGACUUCAUUGAAUAACUUCAGUAAUUGAUUAUUACAGUGAAAUACCACUUCAGAACCUGGAACCGAACUGUAAUUAAAGGGGUUGGCCCAUUAUAGACAACGGGGGCAUAUCGCAAGGAUAUGCCCCCAUUGUCUGAUAGGUGCGGGUCUCACCACCGCACUUAAACUGAGAACGGAACGGGGAAAGGUGGUGGAGGGCGCACUGCGCAUGUGCAGCUUCCCUCCAUUCAUUUCUAUGGGGACGGCUCGGUGCACUGCCGUUCACUUGUACGGGGAGAGUGCUUGGCGGUGACUAAAAUCCGGGGUCCUCCAGCCACUGCUCUCCCAGCUCCGUUCUCGGUGUAGGAAACCUGCACCUAUCAGACAUAGUGAUAUGCCCCCAUUGUCUAUGACUUCGCCUCAUCGGAGGCAGUACAUUCUACUGCUGUACGGAGAAGGAUCUCCGUACAGCAUUUAAAUUUUUUUUUUUAGCAUAGCGACUUGGGAUGUAGCAUCCGAAGUCUCUUCGCUCAUCUAUAGUUGUGAUUACAGAUCUGGAGUAUCCUUACACUGACAUUAGCAAUAAGCUGUUUUAUUAAAUAGAUCUUGUGUUAAAUCUUAAAUGGGUAUUCAGUUUUUUUUUUGUUUUGUUUUUUUAUGUAUUUGUUUAUACUAUAUAGAAUUAUACAAUUUUCAAAUAUACAUGUAUUUAAAAUGUUGCUUACACACCUUUCUUAUAUCAGGUUGUAGACCCCUAUCUGCACAGCAGAAUGGUAUAGCUCAUGAAUCAGUCACUUCUGUGUAAUGCACCCAUGGCCUAACUGAAACAUGGCAUCAGUCAUGUGACAUCCCAAGCAUGACAUACUGUAUUUGUGGUUAGGUCCGCAUACAGGACACUUCCAUGGGAUAGCUACAUAGGACUAAUGGUGAAAACCAUUAUAGCUAUUACAACAACUACUUUACUGUAUGUGUGUUUACAUGGCUGCCUGUUUCCAGGUGAUAUGUAAAAUGGUUGCCUGUCUCUAGGUGAUGUUGUCAUGUUGUUAAUAAAGUUAACUGUACAAAAAAGAAAUUGCAAACACAACACAUACAGGGGACAUAGGGAGAUGUGAUUCUGCACUGACACUUGAUGAGGUGCUAUACUGUACUGUAUAUAUAUUUGCUGCGACUCAAUAAACUACUAUACACUAGUUAGAUACUGUAUCUGGACACUUAACUGAAUGACAUGCUUUAGGUUCACAUGACUGACGCCAUCUUUAGUCCUAUUCAGAUCUCCCACGGAUGCAUUUUACAGUACUAAUAUGGACCCUACCAUUUUUUUUCUUUAGAAAGAGGCUAUUGUGCGGAUAUAAUAAA